AUGGCAGCCAAGGUCAAGCCCGGAAAAGCUUCAAAACUCGCCAAGUCUCCUAAAGUUAUUCAAAAAAAGAAGCCAGAAGAGUCCCCUAAACCUGUUGAAGCUGUGAAACCAGAAAAAACUGAGAAGCCGGCGGCUAAGCCAGCUAAUAAGCUAGUUGCUAAGCCAGCUAAUAAGCCAGUUGCUAAACCAGCUAAUAAACCAAUUGCUAAACCAGCUAAUAAUCCAACAGCUAAGCCAGCCAAUUCUCCAAAAUCAGCCAAGUCUCCAAAGCCAGCACAAGAGGAUGCGAAGUCUCCUAAACCAAAAGUUGAACAACAUAAACCAAAUCCAGAAUCUAUGGCAAGGACGGUUUUUGUUGGAAAUCUCAAAGUCAGUGAGAAGAGAAAGACGAUCGAAAAGUUGUUCAAGCCUUAUGGAGAGAUUGAAGCUUGUUAUAAACGAAGUUUGUUGGGAAAAACUGAGAAAUUGACCAAGAAGAUGUUUGGAACUGACGAGAAGUUGAACAAAUCUGUCAGAGAUUCCUUCUUCUUUGUCAGAUUUGUGAAGGCUGAGGAUGCACAGAAGGCCUUGGAGUUGUAAGUUUAUGUUUUUAUUGUUUUUGUUUGAAAUUUAGGUUUUCACGGCGAUUAGUAGGUUUUAGGAAGUAUCAUGGUUAACAUGAUGCUUUUUAUCAUAAUUUUUUUGUAAAGAAAGCUAAAGACUUGGAACUUUGGGUAAUUGUAGACCAUCCUUUUGCUUAAUUUUUAAGAUAAUAAAAAUUUUAAAGUUUGCAGCUGAGAUGAUGUUACAGUAGCUUUGUCUUACCCUAUUUUUUAAUAGAUUUACUUCAUUUUUUUGAACGCUUUGGAAUUUUAGCGUAUAUAAAGUGUGACUAUCUAGUUAAUUAGGUAAAAUUAAUGUUAAUUUAUCAUUUAAUCAAUUACAAUAUUUUAGAAAUGGCACAGAAUUGGAAGGUCGCAUUAUUCGGGUAACUUUGAGUAACAAAAAGCAAGUUGAUUCGUCAAAAUCCGUGUUUGUUGGCAAUCUACGUCGUGAAGUGACUGAACAGCAACUUUAUGACUUUGUGAAGGAAAAGAUGGGUGCUCCAGAAUCCACACGAAUUGUGCAUGACAAGUUUUCUGGCUUUGGCAAAGGAAUUGGCUUUAUCACCUUCAAGGACAGUUCUCAGGUGCCAUUGGCUUUGAAGCUGGACGGACAACCGUUGAAAGGAAGGCCAGUUCGAAUUACGAAGAUUGCCAAGAAGAAUCAGGUAAUUUUUAGUUUUUUUUUGAUGUUUUUAGGUUAGAUAAUUGAUGUUAUAGUAGGUUCAAGGUCCAUUUUGGGCGCUAAAGUUUUCACAGCUCUUUCAUAUUAUUGUAACUUUUUGUCAGGUGUUUUUUAAGUUAUUUGAAGAAGCAGGAAGCUUUGCAUGCUGUUGUUAUGAUAGUCAUUGGUUUUUUACACUAUUUUUUUUUGCGAUCAUUCAGUUCAAUUAAGGUUUAUCAGCUAUUUUUUAGUGUAAAAAGUCUUUUUAUGUUGAUGUAAUUGAAUCAUUUGUUUUUUUUUAGUAAUUCUAAUAUAUUAAAAGAUAAAAGCACCGUAUUUUACUAUUUUAAUUCCAGCGACCAGUGGCAGACCCAAAGGAUCAGAAGAAGAAGGCACAAAAGACGGCCAAGAAGCAGGAAGAAAACAGUUUAAAACAGAAGUUGGCCAACUAUACCAUCACGAAGAAGACUCAAAUUGCCACAACUGCGGCCAAAAAGAUACCUAAAAAGGUGAAGAAGGUGAUUCAGAAGAAGAAACAAAAGAAAACUAAGUCUUUGAUGGCUUAA